CAAGAUAACAAGUUUGACAGAUACAGCAAUCAUGCACCUGACAAUCAAUGCUACUUUUAUAAAUAAUAUUUUAGUUUUGUUAUGAUCGAUAUUGCCCGAGACACUUUCACGAGAAAUUCUUACCCGAAAGUGUUAUGAUUAAAUAUGACCCUGAACAAGAAUUCCGUGAUCACAUAUAUCGAAGAAUUCAGUAACGGUGAAGUGUCUUACAUUAAUAAGUAUUGGGACUAUGUUAUAAACAGAUUUGGGAUCAUUGGUCAUCAUCUUAUAAGCUUUUUGUAUUCUGUUUACUUGAACUUCACUCCGUUCAAUGUGGUUGUAUUUUUAAUUAAGACUGUGCCAAUGGUGGUUUACAUGCGGAAGCUUAUGAAAGAUAUCUACACCAACUCACAAGAGCGAAUGGCGAAGAAGAAAAUUGAGCUCGAUGACAUCGAGCUUCAGUUACAAAUAGUUAACACAAAGAUAAGCGUUAGGGACGCAGAAUUUUCCGAACGAAUCGACCAACUAAAGAGGAAUGUAGAGAAAUUGCGCAAUGUAAGGUGUCGCAUUCGUGAAAUAAUAAAAAACGACGAGGAGCUACGGCGGAAAGUUAAUAGUGACAAUAUUGAAGAUAACGAUUGUUAUAUGAAUUUGCAAUGUACUCCGGAAGAAGCCGUAGAAAAAAUUUCAGAAAGCGAAUUUAUAGUGGAAUUACUAAAGGAGCUGAAGUGCAAUCAGGUGGCAGAAUGGGAGCGGAAGGUGAAAAACUAUGGAGAGCAUUCUGGGGAGCCGAUGAUACAGGAGAGCAGUUUGUACUCGGCGAUGAGCGAGACGGAGGCGAAGCCCGACCCCAAUGGGCAGCAGGAUUGCCACGUGAAGAUCGUCAAGGUGACAAAUGUGUACAAGGUGGCAUACCUUAAGCAUUUCAUCAAACAGAAACGUUUGCGAAACGCUCAUAGACAAGCAAUAUUAAAGAAAAGGAUGGAAAAUGUGAAAAAGCUUCUAGAAGACUGGCAAAACAAAUUAAAUAUGGUCAUUUAUAGAAAGCUAUCAUUGCUUAAUAUGAAUCCACACGUAGAGAUUACAACACACGAAGCGAUGGGCGAUUGUUUCCAAUUCAACUGUCGGGAUUACUCCGAUACCGAUAGCCAAUUCAGAUGUAGUUUCGACAAUGGGAAUGACGACCGAGAAGGAGACUGGAAUCAAAAUACGCCUAGCACGAUGUAUCUUUACAAAUACGACGAUCCCCGAACUCGAAACACCGAAGACGACUACUACGAAUCAUCAGAGAUGUAUCACUGUGAUUGCAACGCCCAAGUGCCGCCUCAUCUACUCAUUGUUCCCGAGGAAACACAAAGCCAAUUGAUAAUAGAAGAGCAGAGCCAGGGCGAAGUGGCAGAGUGUCGCGACCUUAUUAUAAUAUAGUGAAUAACAUUAAUAACUGUCUCAAACUUGAUAUACCAAUUAAAGCAUUUCGAAGCAUU